CUUCAAUGCAUUGUAAAUAAAUAAAUUCAUCCACUUCCGAUAUCGUAGGGUCAAUUUUGUGAUUAGCACAUAAAAAGUUGGUCCGCGCUUCAAACCCCAUCACCUCAACUCAUAUGCCCAGUUUUAUACAGCAACUUACGAGCCCACAAAAUGGCUUACAACAACGUGCCUUUUGGUAACCCAAACAUGGUUCCCCCGGGGAUGUCUUCAAUGGGCUUACCCGGAAGGGGUCCUCCAGGUUUGGGACCGCACGGCAUGAGUGGAAAGAAUUGUCUUCCCGGUAUGGGGGCGCCAAUGAGACCGAUGAUGGGCCAAGCGAUGAUGCGGUCGCCGAUGGGGAUGGUGCCGCAACAAUGGCGCCCGCCGAUACCGAACUCUAUGGGCCCGGCAGGUGGCAAUCUUGCGCCACCUGGGAGCGGACCACGAAUGUUUAAUAAUACUUCUGGAGCCGGCCCAGGUGCGGCUAUGGCCCCAGGUAUGACCUCGUCAACGGGUUUGGCCAUACCGCCAGGUGUGAACAUGAAUUUAGGAAUCGGGCCGCCAACCAAUAUGGGUGGAGCACCUGGAAUUGCCAACAUGAGUAAUCCGACUGGCCCAGGUGCUGGGGCAUCGACCAACUUUGUUCCUGUGGGUGAAAAGGUCAAGCAGGGAGUGACAGUGUUUGUAGGAAAUAUAUCUGCAAAUAUUCCCGAUAAAAGUUUAGAAAGUAUACUCAGAUCAUGCAGUACUGUCACUAAAUGGAAAAGAGUGAAAGGCGCGGCUGGCAAUCUUCAAAGUUUUGGCUUCUGUGAUUAUGAUAGUGAAGAGGGGGCACUUCGAGCACUCCGUGUACUGAACGGAGUUCGCAUCGGCGAGAAAGUUCUGAAGGUCACAGUGGAUGAGAAAAACAACAAACUUCUCGAAGAAUACAAGGCCAAUCAAGCGGCAGGAGAUGUGGCGACUCAGAGUACUGAAGACGAAGCCCUGUCAGCUCAAAUCCAGAAGAUCAUAAAAUCGAAUGUAGACCUUGUUAGUGUUGCAGAUCUAAACGAGUCGAAUGCAGUCACAAAUGCUAGUGGGGCCAGCGAAGAGAAAAUCAAGGAAAGGGUAGAGACUAUAAGUACUGAGAUUGGGCGGUUUAGGGAAAAUGAGAAGAAAGAAUCAGAGAGAAGCAAUAGAAAUGUGAAAGGCAAGGAAGAGAGCAAACGACGUCGCAGAAGUCGCAGUCGCAGUCGUGAAAGAAGGAAGGAGCGCAGAACAAGUAUGGAGCGAGCAGACUAUACCAAGGAUCGAGCGAAAGCGAUUGAAAACGAAGAAAGACGGCUGACAAAACUACAGAGGGAUUCUGAAUACGAAUUAAAAGAGCUGGAACGUAUAACAGAAAGGAAAGACAAAGAGAGAGUGAGGGAAUUCCAAAAAAAGCAAGAGAGAGAAGAGAUCAAAGAAAAUGAUCGCUUACGAGCCCAACGUAAACGGCGUGAGCGAGAAAUGGAAUUCGCCGGGAAUUUUGAUGACGAACACGAUGAUGCAAAGUAUUUCUCUUCGUCCGUUCUGAAGAAGCUUCGAUUAGAGAGAGCACGUGAAGUCACUCAAGAUGAACGGGACAAGUCGAGAGAAUCGGAAGUGCUAGGCGAGCUACCAGACGAUGAGGACGAUCUUUUCAUCAUAAAGAAGCCAGAGGUGCCAGAAUUGGUGCACCCCGAAGGCUAUUUUGACGAAGCGAAGCUUAUGAACGAAGGUCUAUCAGCAGAGGAAAUAGCGGCUGAGAAAAAGAGUCUUAUGAUGGCAGUGAUAGCUCGUGUUCCGCAAUCGGAGGAAGUAUUGUUCCAAUUUGAUAUCCCUUGGGAGAUGCUUUCUGCGGCUAUGUUCGUCAAAAGGAUACAACCAUGGGUCAACAAGAAGAUCACAGAAUAUAUAGGUGAAGAGGAGCCCUCACUAACGGAAUUCAUAUGCGAUAAAGUGAAAGUUAGGACACCUGCGGCUGAGAUUCUUACAGAUGUUGCACAGGUACUGGACGAGGAAGCCAACAUAUUUGUUGUCAAGCUGUGGCGAUUGCUCAUAUAUGAGUGUGAAGCCGCUAGGCUCAAUCUUUCUGCUUAUGACUAAAUGAAUGAAAAUUAGAUACUGACUACGAACACAUUAAAGAAUAGUACUUGG